GGCAGGGCCGCAGAGGCUCCUCUCCUUGCAGAGAGAUAAUGUGGCUCCUCUCCUUGCAGAGAGAUAAGACCAUGGCUGUGCUGAAGAUCUCCUCGCUCCUCGCCGUUUACGCUUUGGUGGCCUGCCAGAUGGAGAACGGCCAGGCAGUCCCGCUCAGAGCGGGCUUCGAGCCGGUCACCGACCGAGGCGCCCUGGGGGACUACGAAGCUCGGAGGUUACUCAACGCCCUGGUGAAGGAAUACAUCCAGAUGACCGCGGAAGACCAGGACCAGGGCAGCGAAGGCAGUAGGUAAGAAGCU